CUCGCCGCCGAACAAAUUCCGCCCGACAACAACCAACACGUCAGAGCUCAUACUCACGGUCACUACCGGAGUUGUUUUACUUCUUGAUUUCUCAAACACACAAUGGCUGACAACGCACCCCCCGCUGAGGCCGGCCCCUCCAAGAAUGCCUUGAAGAAGGCUCAGAAGGAGGCCGAGAAGGCCGCCAAGAAGGCCGCCGCCAAGGAGCGUGAAAUGGCGGAGCGUCUGAAGAGCCAGGGCGGCGAGAGCGCGGCCGAUGUCUCUGCGAACGACUACGGCGACCUGCCCAUGGUGGGCUCCACCCCGUACACUCCCUCGGGCGACAAGCGCAUCAGCUUCACCGAGCUCAAGGCGCAGGAGGAGGCGGUCGUUUUCCGCUGCACCGUCAUCAACGCGCGUUCGCAGUCGGCGAAGCUGGCGUUCCUGAACCUGCGCCAGGGCGAUCAGACGAUUCAGGCCGUGGUUGCGGCGAGCGAGAAGCUGUCGCGGCAGAUGGUCAAGUUUGCGGGCAGCGUCAGCGCACAGUCGAUUGUCCUGGUCCACGGCCUCGUCCGCGACGUCAAGGAGCCCAUCAAGAGCGCGACGAUCAAGAACCUCGAGGUUCACAUCCAGAGGCUGUUCAUCAUUUCCAAGGCGGAGCCUCAGCUGCCGCUGCAGGUCGAGGAUGCGGAGAGGCCUCUGCCUGAGGAGGGCGCUGCCGCGGAGGAGGAGAAGGAGGGCGAGAGGCCGCGCGUUGCGCUGGCUACCAGGCUCGACAACCGUGUGCUUGACCUGCGUGCUGGCCACAACAAGGCCAUCUUCACCAUCAAGAGCGGCAUCUGUCAGCUGUACCAGGAGUUCUUGAUCUCCAAGAACUUCACCAUGAUCCAGACGCCCAAGCUGCUGGGUGCGGCGUCCGAGGGUGGCAGCAACGUCUUCGAGUGCACGUACUUUGACCGCAAGGCCUACCUGGCGCAGUCGCCGCAGCUGUACAAGCAGAUGCUGAUCGCUGGUGGCUUCGAGAAGGUCUUCGAGAUUGGCCCCGUCUUCCGUGCCGAGAACUCGAACACGGCGCGUCACUUGACUGAGUUCACUGGUCUCGAUAUGGAAAUGGCAUUCGAGGAGGACUACCACGAGGUCGUCGACCUCAUCGUCGAGAUGCUUCUCUUCAUCUUCAAGGGUCUGCGUGAGCGCUACGGCAAGGAGACUGACAUUAUCCGCGAGUGGGCCAGCUCGGGCAAGCACAUCAUUGAGGACUUCAAGCUGCCGGCCGACGGCAAGGUCCCCAUUAUCCCGUUCAAGGAGGGUGUCCAGAUGCUCCGCGAAGCCGGUGAGGAGUUGGGCGACUACGAGGACCUGAGCACCCCCCAGGAGAAGCUUCUCGGCAAGCUCGUCCUCGACAAGUUCGGCUCCGACUUCUACGUCCUGGACCAGUUCCCGCUGGCCGUGCGUCCGUUCUACACGAUGCCGUCGCCGCACGACCCGCAGCUCUCCAACUCGUACGACAUGUUCAUGCGCGGGCAGGAGAUCAUGUCGGGCGCGCAGCGUGUGCACGACGCGGGCCUGCUGUCGCAGCGCUGCAAGGCGAUGGACCCGCCGGUCAACCCCGACGGCGCGGGCCUCAAGGACUACGUCGACGGCUUCCGCUACGGCUGUCCGCCCCACGCCGGUGGCGGGUUCGGUCUCGAGCGUAUUGUUGCCUUCUGGGCUGGCGUUGGUAAUGUCAGGCUCGCCAGCUUGUUCCCUAGGGACCCGUCGAGGGUUCUGCCGUAGAUAUGGCUGCUUGCUGGAAUGGGGACUGUGGAGAUUAUGAUGAUGGCUAGAUAGACGUCGAGUCUUUCGAACAAUGUUGUUACGCAGCUAUGGGUCGUUCAAGACGGCAUUUUUAGUGCAAUAAUGGUGAAGGUCCCGGAUGAUUUGCCCUCUCUUUUACUGUCCUAGCCUCCCCAUUUCGGAUACGCAGUGUCUAGCUGUAUAAAUCUAUGAAAUACUUUGAUACCUCCCAAACUUCAUACCUCCAUACUCUCACAACAUAUUUUGGGACUGUCCAACCUCUAC